AUGGCCUCCGCGAUCAAGGCUGCAUCCACCUCCCGGUGGUCUUCGUCCCUGGCGGUCCAAUCGUCGCCGCUCCCGAAGCGGGUGGCCAUGCCGGGGCGGCGGAGGUCUGUGGCCACUGUAAGGGCGGUCGCCGGGGUAGCUCCGGCUGCCCUGGCGGCGCCGGCCAAGCUCACCGGUGCCGGCGGACGACGCCGCCUGACGGUGUCGCAGACCAUGUCCAAGCUCAGGGAGCAGGGCAAGACGGCGUUCAUCCCGUACAUCACCGCCGGCGACCCGGACCUGGCGACGACGGCGGAGGCGCUGCGGCUCCUGGACGCCUGCGGCGCCGACGUCAUCGAGCUCGGCGUGCCCUUCUCGGACCCCUACGCCGACGGGCCGGACGCCGGCGUGCACGGCCUCCUAGUGCCUGAUCUCCCGUAUGGGACAUCGUGUGCUCUCAGGAGUGAAGCCAUCAAGAACAACCUCGAGCUGGUGCUGCUCACGACACCAUCUACGCCAGCGGAUAGGAUGGAGGAGAUCACAAAAGCCUCACAAGGAUUCGUGUAUCUCGUGAGUGUCAAUGGAGUUACAGGUUCCCGUGCAGACGUGAACACGCGUGUCGAGUCUCUCAUCCAGGAGGUUAAACAGGUUACAGACAAACCUGUAGCUGUUGGUUUUGGUGUAUCGACUCCAGAGCAUGUGAAACAGAUCGCAGGCUGGGGAGCAGAUGGUGUGAUUAUUGGCAGCGCAAUUGUCAGACAGUUGUGUGAAGCUGCUACUCCUGAAGAUGGGCUGAAAAGGCUUGAGGAGUACACCAGGAGUAUAAAGGCUGCUAUGCCAUGA